AAGCGGGCGGAAGUGGUCGGGCGCGGUCGGCGAUGGCGGAGGGAGGCGCGGUGCCCGGGCAUGGCGGCGCCGGCCCUGGGCUGGCCCUGGCCCUGGUGGAGGGCAGCGCCGGCCGCGCCGCCCGCGUCGGGGACCCCGACGACCUGGUGGCCCUGGCGCGGCAGGUGCAGCAGGCCGAUGACUUCGUGCGGGCGAACGCCUGCAGCAAACUGGCCGUGAUCGCCGAGCAGAUCCGGCACCUGCAGGAGCAGGCGCGGAAGGUCUUGGAUGAAGCUAACAGAGAUGCUGAUCUGAACCACGUGGCCUGCAACCUUGUGAAGAAGCCAGGAAACAUUUACUACAUGUACAGGAGGGAGAGUGGGCAGCGAUACUUCUCCAUCCUGUCUCCUAAGGAAUGGGGAACCACUCCCCACGAAUUUCUCGGUGCCUAUAAGCUCCAGCACGACAUGUCCUGGACUCCAUUUGAGGACAUUGAGAGACAAGAUGCAGAAAUAGCCAUCCUGGAGAAGCUGCUGAGCCGGCAGGCAGCACUGCCCCCCUGCACAGAGCCCAACUUCCAGGGCCUGACCAAGUCACAGGAGUGACCACACAGGACCCCCUGAGCAGAGUCCCUGUGUGAGGGGACAUGGGGCCUGGGCGCUGCCAAAGGCAGGGCAAGGAAAGAGCCCAAGAAACAAAAAUGCUGAUUGCUCUGUGCUUUAAGGACACUAAUUAUGUAUUCAAUCCUACUGGAUUUUCUGGUAAUUGAGUAAUUUAUUAUGUUGACCUGUGCCCGGCUGUACUGAGAGGCAGGUGGUACCAGCUGGUGUGAGUUCCAGAGGGCUUGGAACGUCCUACCUGCCUGGCUCUGGUGUACCUCACUGUGGCAGGUAAUGAUUUCAGGGCUGGAUUUUGCCCCUUGUUAAAAUGCACAUGUUUAUGGAACUGUGUGGCCCAGGAAGAGGCAUCAAAACCCCGUGCAAAGGGUCUGCUGUGAUGAGAAUCUGCUGGUCUCUGUCCCAACUGGUCUGAACCCCUGAGCUGGGAACACGGGUGACCUGGAGCUCUGUUUUCUGGGAAGAGUGUCCUCAAAAGUGCCAUUCAGGCCUCAGGUGCUCUUCAAACAAUGGGUGUUUCACAGUCCUUGUGCAUUCCCCUUGGAUUUGAGUGCAUGAGCUGCCAGGUGGAGACAAGGCGCUGGAUGCCUCUGUGCCAGAGCGGUGGGGAAAGUAAAAUAAACCAGUCUUGAUCUCAGAUGUA